AUGCCUCCACUCUCGAGACACGAUGUCCCACCACUCCAUAAGAUGAUCAAUGGAAAGCCUCGCCCCGGCAUACCCAAACCAAUACCAGAGCCUGCAGAUGUCACCGCUCUUCCCAUCGAGAGUAGUGAUGAGGAAGAGGUGAAAGAGCCACCAGGGUACCCACCUGACAACAGAUAUAUUGACUCAUCUGACGAUGAUGACGACCUCUUCGGAAGUGCUGAUAUACAACCCACCAACUUUGGGGAAAAGACCGGCCCCACAAAUCAGACUGCUAGCAACUUGACCGGUUAUGCUAGAAAUGAGAAGUUGUCCACUGGCACUCGGGGACAGUCGGGGAUCCGGCGCUCAGCCCGCCAAGUUGAGACACCCCAUUUGAAGAAGAGGCCAAUGCAUGCGGUUGAGGACGACGGGGCAGAUGAAAGUGCUGCGGAUGCUUCCAAUAAAAAGGCAAGAAGGAAUGCACACAAGUCGAGUUCUGGCAUAGGAGAUCAUAUGGUUGAUGGAUGGAUGGUGGGCAAGCGCAAGAACGAAGCAGCCUAUGGCAGCAAGAGAGGACGAGGAUCCCAGAACUCGACACCCGUCAGGACUUUCAAGACACGCAAAGCCCCGGACACGCCGGAGAAGAAGAAUGUCUUCAAGAAGCCAGCUGCCGUAUCAUAUGACUCGACACCUUCACCCGAUUCCAAAUCUUCACAACUCUCUUCACCGGCUGCUCAUACGCCAAAACCACUGGAGGUCCGCACCAAGAAGCAGAUAUCGUCGCGGCGCCAACGUGCAAGAGGAAAGAAAUCCCGGAACGUAAUCCAGGAUGAUGUAUCAAGAAGACCAGAGUUCAGGAUGCCAACGAGCUAUGAUGAAUACGCCCCAAAUCCGGAGCCAGCUGACUUCGACACGCCACUCGACGAUACACCAGAUGAGACUGACACGGCGCUAGAAAAGGGCCAGACACUGUGCCCAAUAUGCGAAGAGGUGGUUGACGAGGGUUUGCUCAAGGCAUUCUCGAGGGGAGAGAGGAUGGAUGUUAUCCGACAGGCAAGGUUCUGCCGGCUCCACAAGAAGAAGGCCGCGCAGAAACAAUGGAAAGAGAAGGGUUACCCAGAGAUCGACUGGAAGGGCCUCAAACAACGUAUCAAGAGCCACCGUGAUCAUAUCAAGUCCCUGAUAGAGGGAAAGGCCUCCGAUUCAUAUUUCGGAUCACUGCUUCGCGAGAACAUCAAGAUGGGCAAGAACAGGACGCUGCUCAGGACGGAAGAAUUUCUCUCCCCAGGAUACUAUGGCCUGCGAGGCAUGAGUUUGAUGACGGAAACCAUAGUGGAAAUGUUCUCAUCUUUGCUCAGAAAGAGGGCGCCGCAAGACAAGCUCAUCUCUGCGAGAGGCUACACUGGCUUCGUCCAGUCGGUGUUGGUCCCAGAACUUGCUGUCAGACUCAUCCAGGAGGACAUGUCCCUAUCCCUACAGGAAGCCCAAGAUGUAAUGCUGGAAAGUCGUGUCGUGGGCGACACUCUUUGUGACGACAAAGAGGACUCACAGACCUACUCCCCUGUACAACAACAACAAGCAGAAGAAGAAGAAGUGAAUAGUGGUGAUGAUGAUGAUGGGGAUGGGGAUGGAUGCGCUGGAGAAUCGCAGGAAGGGAAGGUUGAGGAGACUCCUGACGAGGUCUCCACGCAACUUAAGAUUCAGGAGGUCCUUGAUAGUGAUGAUGAGUCGGACCUGUCAAGUAUCGCCUCCAUGGGCGAUGAGGUGGAUAUCAAAAACAACGUGGACACCACGACCCAGCUGCAGAAGACUGCAGAUAGUGAUUCAGACCUGACAUCGUUGGACGAGUUGUGUUGA